AUGGUUGUUGGUGAAGUCAAGGAGCGUUUGUACAUUUCGGAGCCUACUGGAGCCUAUGCUAUCGAAUGCGCCAACUCACGGGCUUUACGUUUUUUGCUCAUCAAACUAUUGACCAUUUCAUCGUCCUUACUUGCGGCUACAACAAACGCUGUCAGCGCUACGCAUUAUUUACAGAAACAAAUUGCGAAAACCAAUGAAAGGAUAAAUUCGCUUAUCCGAUCACUGGCUGCACUGCAACCGGAACGCGAAUUAGCUCGUGAUCUGAGCGAACAACUGGAAAUGGCUCAACUACGGCUAUUUGCACUGAAAUAUCGCUUAGCUGCAAUCUGCGAUGUGGCCUUUCCAACACCGUCGGCUAGUUCCAUGCACUAUAAAUCAACAAAUUGCUACGCUAACAUUUGGUGCUCUUAG